UAAAUUUUCAUUUGAAGUCACGAAAUUCGAGUCUAGGACGAAAGAAAUUUAGGAGUAUGUUCCCAAAUUAUGGCGGGUGUAUGCAAAUCCAACUCCCAAUUCCAACCGCACAAACCAAACACCACCUUACUGCCCUACGCCGCUCUGCUAUCCUACGCCCUAAGCGCACCACCGAUCUUUGCUCCGGAAGAAGAAACCAAAAAAUCAAAUCAAUGAGGGCCGUGGUUCAGCGCGUAGCUUCUGCUAGCGUUGAGGUGGAAGGCCGCUUGAUAUCGUCGAUUGGCCAGGGCCUGCUUGUCCUCGUCGGGCUUCAUGAGGCUGAUGUUGAAUCUGACGCUGAAUACAUAUGUCGCAAAGUGCUGAAGAUGAGAUUGUUUCCAAACGAGAAAACUGGGACAGCUUGGGACCAAAAUGUUAUGCAAAAGAAUUUUGAAGUUCUAUUAGUUAGUCAGUUUACGUUAUAUGGGGUAUUAAAAGGCAACAAACCUGAUUUUCAUGUGGCGAUGCCCCCCGCUGCAGCUAAAUUAUUCUAUGCUUCUCUAGUUGAAAGAUUUCAGAAAGCGUACCGUGCUGAUGCAGUUAAAGAUGGUGUAUUUGGAGCAAUGAUGGAAGUUAAGUUGGUGAAUGAUGGUCCGGUGACGAUGCAGCUCGAAUCAUCUAAGAGUACAAAUGGUGAUUAGACAGAGAGAUACCUGAGAUCAUAUAUUACAAAAUCUACUCAUUCUUGCACAUCUAUAUGGUCAGAGCAAACUAACAAGUUGCUAUUGUUUUAUUGAAUACUGAAUUUGGAGUGUUGAAAUUCCUUUAAUCAUGGUACAAUUAGUUAAUUUUCA